AUGAAGGAUGCGGAGCGUCAAGCACAAUCAACUUCAGAGUCAACCCGACAGCACAUCAAAGCUGUUCUUAUCCAGAACUGGGUGGGAUCUAAGCGAGCUCUCCUCGCGUCUCUGAACGAAUUUCGCUACUGGAAGACGGAGCAGGUAUCUGAUCUCUUCCGACUACUCCCUCCGACAGGCGCGGCCCAUGGAGAACGAAAGCUCUACCCUCUCGGUCCGGUAUUUCGACCCCCGCCAGAUGGGAUGAGACGAUGGAUCGAGCUCGGCGGCAAGAUUCUGAUGUUGGCUGCCAUCGAUGGGCUUGUCCUGCUCUUUUCACCUUUUUUUCUCCUCGCUUCCAAGGAAGAGCGAGCAAAGGCUACCAGCGGGUUGUCGACCUUACACACCGAACUGGUUUCAAGUUCGUUAUUUAUCAAGGCCCCGUUGUCGAUGAUAGAGAAGGCUGGAAAGACCCAACGGGCGCUGUGCGUCAACAAGAGCGGUCGAUUCCGGUUGAUGAGCAGUGGAUACGCAGCAAUCUCCCACGUGUGGAUGGAGACGAUGGGUUAUGAAUAUCAAAAUGUGAAGGCGAAUCAGGAUGAUCGAGGGCUUAACCGUCACCACUUUCAGCGCAUCAUGGCACAAGUAGAGAAAUCAGGCGUCGAGUGGGUGUGGUUUGACCUUCUCAGCAUUCCAAAGGGUACUUGCGACACCACCAAGCGAAUCAAAACCAUGAUCGUCAACAGCCUGCAGAAAGUGUAUCGAAAUGCCGACAUGGUCGUCGUCUUGGAUGCGCUCACCUUGCAGCUGAAUUCGGAAGACCCGCUGAUUGCCGCAUCGAUUCUUUCAUGCGGGGCCUGGCUGUCGCGAGUCUGGACAUAUCAGGAAGCAAAACUCGCUCGCCAGGUGAAAAUCAUCACGGCCGGGCGACACCCGAUCGACUUUCAGGAGAUGGUGGUUGCACUUAAAGUGGCCGAGCAGCAGGAUCCUCUACGGUGGCAUGAAAUACGCCUCACCUUCGACAGACUGCUCCCACACUGGGAUUUGGGCGUUUCGCUUCCAGAUAUUGCACUCUCAUGCACUCAUCGGGCAACAGAGAAUGAUAAAGACUACGCAAAGGCAUUCUUUGCGUGUCUGAAUCUAACCUGGACCCAGGGCUGGAGCUACGAGGACGGUAUGAUGGAGAUUCUUCACUCGAGACCGCAGGAUGCCACUCGGCUGGCUUUCAUGCAUGGUCCUCGAGGCCUCCCGGCUCCAUUCUCAUGGGCACCACGAUCCCUCGCGCAUCUUCAGGGCAAGAUCCAUGGUGGAUUACAGUUCAGGCCAGAGUCCAAUGGGCUCCAGGGAUAUUGCCAUACGGCCCGUGUGUGUAAGUUACUGGGCCAUUUUGUAUCAGAGUCUUUGCAAGGGGUGGUGUGUAAUCUCGUAGUGCUCGACAAAAACCAGAGGGAAGUCCAGAUUCAGAUCUCGCUCUAUCCCGGACAGCCAGGGCCCGACAUAGAAAACUGGAUGUCCAGGACCAUUCCAGACGGAAAGGCGAGACUGUUGAGCUGCGACCCAAUGGUUCAGUUAGAGUUUUGCCACGUUGCUUUGCUGGUGGAACAGGAGAAAGGGUUGGAUGAUGAAUUCGCUUUUGAGGACCUCGAUGCGAGAGGAAGAGUCGUAGGAAGUGCCGUCAUCAAUCACGGAUCAGUGGAUUCGGCUGAAGUUCGAUGGUGUUUGCAAUGA